CUCUACUAGUACUAUUUACUUAGCUAGUAUUGGAAUUUUCUUUUUAAUUUUUAAACAGCAGAAGCAACAAGUUUUUUUAAUACUAUCUCUUUUAUAGAGAGAGAGAGAGAGAGAGAGAGAGAGAGAGAGGGAGAGAGAGAGUUUGAAGGAAGGGAACAUGCUUAAUUUAAUCCCAACAGGCGAUUCUGGUGUUUAUUUUCCUUUCUUUUCCUAAUCUAAAGCCUGCUACUCGUCUUUGUUGUUCCACCGGAUUAUGCCUAGGAAAAAUUAUGUGUGGGUAAGCAAAUGGCUGUUCGAGCUCAAGCCUUACCAAAUAGAAGCUUAGAACAAACUUCUACCUGCUUUGUGCCUCAUUUUGCUGUCAAUAGCUCAACUUGGUGGAGUUCCAAUGAAGUACAGUCUUCACAUUCUCUAUCGAAAAAUUUAACCUCAGAAGUGGUAUUUCAACCUCCGCCCUGUCAGCAGAUGAAGUCUCUUGGUCUGGGAUUACAAGGCGACGACUCACACUCCACCCAAUCAAAUAGUAACUCCCCGCUAGAAGUGACUGCUUUGGGGAAAACAGGUUCUCAAGAUUGCGCUUCUUCUGGAUCUGUUCACGAUGAGAGCUACAAAAGGCAUAAACAAGCUCAAAUCAAGCCUAUUUCUUUUAUUAGAAAUCCAGAAUAUACUACUGAUUGUUCACAAAGUGAAAUGGCCCAUUCAAUUAUCCACACUCCUUUUGGUUAUUCCGACCCCUAUCUAAGUGGCUUAUAUGCUGCUUAUGGACCUCAUGUUUUUCCUCAAAUGAUGGGCAUAGCACCUGCCCGCCUCCCACUACCCCUCGAUCUUGCAGAAGAUGGACCAAUCUAUGUAAAUGCAAAACAGUAUCAUGGGAUCUUAAGGCGCAGACAGAUACGUGCUAAGCUUGAGGCUCAAAACAAACUUGUCAAAGCUAGAAAGCCGUAUCUUCAUGAGUCACGGCAUCUUCACGCGGUAAAGAGGGUUAGAGGGUCCGGAGGGCGUUUUCUUAGCACAAAGAAGGUUCAAGAAUCAAUUCCAAAUGACCAUAUUAACUCGAAUUCUUCUCUGGACUUGGUUACACGCGAAGCAGCUCCAACUUCUGCGUUCUUGAGCAUCCGACAGGAUGAUGCGCAUAACGGAGUCAUUUUCCAGCAGCAACAGCUUGAUCACAGGGCCUCAAGUUUAUCCUCUCACAUGGCUGUUUCCAUGCAAAGUAGUAGGAGUACUGGCAUUUGAUGAAAAUGUGACUAUAUGUACUCACAGUUGUCUGGUGAUUCAAGUUUCAACUCACCGGCGGGCAAUUCAUCCUUGGCUUUUUACUGUUAUGUCUUCCUGGUUACUCUAAUUUUUUUAUAAGGUCUUCUGAGGUUAUUCUAAUUAACUGGAUUUUCCACUUUUGUAAUGGUGUACUUUUGGUUGAACUCUAGGUGCUUUGAACCCAACUUUAUGGAAAGUUUAAAAGUUCUCUUGUUAUGUUUAA